AUGACGCACAAUGGCGCCCACGCCGUCGCCAGCUACGAAGGUGCUACGCUCCAUUUCCGAUCCGACCCCGACGAUUCCGUUGCAAUCGCACCUCUCACCGUUCCAACCAUGUGGCCAGACCUUAUUCAGAAAUCCAAAGAUGGAGGAAUUGAUGUCAUUGAGACUUAUGUUUUCUGGAACUUACACGAACCUGUUCGACGCCAGUACAAUUUUGAAGGUAGGGGUGAUUUGGUUGGAUUUGUGAAGGCAGUAGCAGCAGCAGGUCUAUAUGUUCAUCUCCGGAUCGGUCCAUACGCUUGUGCAGAAUGGAAUUACGGUGGUUUCCCUCUUUGGUUGCAUUUUAUUCCGGGAAUUAAGUUCAGAACUGAUAAUGAACCAUUCAAGGCAGAAAUGAAACGGUUUACAGCAAAGAUUGUGGAUUUGAUGAAGCAAGAGAAUCUCUAUGCAUCACAAGGAGGACCUAUCAUUUUAUCUCAGAUUGAAAAUGAGUAUGGAAACGUUGAUAUACACUAUGGUCCUGCUGGUAAAUCUUACAUCAAUUGGGCAGCAUCGAUGGCUACAUCUCUUGAUACAGGUGUUCCCUGGGUUAUGUGCCAGCAAGUAAACGCGCCUGAUCCAAUUAUUAACACAUGCAAUGGAUUUUACUGCGAUCAAUUCACACCAAACUCUGACAAUAAACCGAAAAUGUGGACUGAAAAUUAUAGUGGAUGCUCUAGCAAUUCUACUGAAUAUUCAUCUAUGAGAAAUCACAAAACUGUGAUCUGA